GGAGGAAAGAAGCAACUGCUUGAUUUCCCCACCCCUUGAACGCAUUCGGCAUAUUUUACGUUGCGUCGUUCCCUUCUGCUGAGUCACUUUCGGAUUGAAAUUUUUUCUCCUUUUUCGAAAAUGCUCGCAGCGCACAGGUAGGAGGUAAACUGGGCGCUGUUUUGACACUAACUUUUUGCAACGGCUAUACUUCUUCGCUGCGUCAGCGAGGGGAAAAUCAAGAUGAACGCCCCGGGGAAGGAAAAGCGGCUAUCGCUGCUCAUAUGCCGCGUCAACAUGCUGAUAAACUUGCUGCAAAGCAGACUGGCGUUCCCACUGAUAUACCCAUUCAACACCACCGCGCUGAACAAUGAAAAGUCGCUGGAGUUGUACUUAAAGAAAUUACGGAAGGAUGGAAACUUUGACGAAGAAGCUUUUAUGAAAACCCUGGCGUUUAUAACACCGUCUAUCAUAACCCUGACGAAGUUGGUUCAUGUUUUGAAGGCAGGCCAUUCUUUAUGUAACUACUCGGGAGUGUCCACCAAAUUGAAGUAUAUGGACAGGAGACGGGGAGCUAGUGCCCUAAUGCAGCAUGAGACAAAACUGCACUUAUUGAGACCGCAGGUGUGGAGACUGCUAAAGCCCAAUGAUGAAAUGAACACGAAACAUUUGAGGUGGAGGAAGUGACCACACGGGGGGAAGCGGGGUCGAAGUUUGCACCAGAAGGGUUUUGGUGGGCCUCCACAGGGGAAAAACAAAAUGGGUUGAAGUGAAACGAAAAGGGGUGCAAACUGCUAUGCGAGGUGAAUCGAUUAACGGCGUGUGGAGAGACACAUGGGAAGGUUCUUCUAUCCCCCCCAUUGCAGAUGUGAAGAGUGACGCAAAUUAAUUAGCGGCUGGAUGUGCCGUGCGCUUUCACUGGGGUGAUCGAAUUGGGGGAGCCCCUCCCCUGAGAGGCUUCCCCCCCGAAACGCUUAACCCCACGGCGGACUCACUUUAUAUCCACGCCGAGCUUCUUAAAUAUAUCUUUUAUAUUUUUAUGUCUGUCCAGGAUUUUAAGAAACUUCAUUUUAAUUCUGGGGUCCCUGAGCAAAACGGGCUUGUUGACUAUUUUGCAAACGUCUAAAUCGUUUUUAUGGCCAUCCUCC